AUGGACCAGCAGCGAUUCCUCCAGCAGUUGCAGAUUGUACUAGACCCGAAGAAGGGCGACGUGCGAUCUGCAACCAACGUACUGCAAAAUGAAUUUUACAAGCAGCCUGAGGCUCUACUAUUCCUCAUCCAGAUUGUCGUCUCUCAUGACUCCUCAGACCUCAAGCAACUUGCGUCUACCCAAGCGAGACCUCUAGUAUCGAAGUUGUGGACCAAGAUCCUAGCAGAACAGAGGAAGUCGGCAAGAACACAACUCUUUCAGGCUACACUGGCUGAAGAGGCUUCGUUACCCCGCCAUUCGGCUGCGAGACUCAUCAGUGCGAUCGCCAAGGUCGAUCUGAAGGAUGGAGACUGGGAAGAGCUUCCUGGUGCAUUGGUCCAAGCGGCUACAAGCAGCAAGGCAUCUGAUCGCGCUGUCGGCGUCUACGUCCUUUACAGCAUUCUUGAUACUAUGGGCGACGGCUUCGCAGACAAGUUCAAGGACCUGUUCAAGCUUUUCUCACAGACUAUCAAAGAUCCGGAGAGUCUUGAGGUCCGAGUCAACACUGUUCUGGCCGUGUCCAAGAUGGCCAUCGUUCUCGAUGCCGAAGAUGAUCAACAGUCUGUCAAGUCUUUCCAGAGCAUCUUCCCUUCGAUGGUGACUGUACUGAAGGACGCUAUCUCCGAGGGUAAAGAGGACCAGACUAUGCUUGUGUUUGAAGUGUUCAAUACUUUGCUCACUGCGGAGUACCAGCUCAUGUCAAAGCACUUCAGUGAUCUUGUUGUCUUCAUGAAUGAGAUCGCAAGCAACAAAGACCUCCCUGAUGAUACACGAACUCAAGCUAUCAGUUUCCUGAUGCAGUGUAUCAUGUAUCGGCGCCUGCGUGUUCAGGGGGCGAAGAUGGGCGAGCCCCUUACAAAGAGCAUGCUUGAGAUUGUGGCCGAGAUGGAAGAUAUUUCGGUCGACGCUGACGACAUCACACCCGCACGCUCUGCUCUCGGAGUCAUUGAUACCAUGGCACAAGCUUUACCUGCCAAUCAAGUGAUGGUACCAUUGCUAGAAGCACUGCCACGGUAUUCGGGGAGCAAGGAUGCGAAGUAUCGACGCGCCGGCAUCUUGGCCCUGGGUAUGGCUGUGGAAGGAGCACCCGACUUCCUUAGCACGCAGAUCGAUCAAGUGAUGCCUAUCCUGUUACAUCUGCUCGAGGACUCCGAAGUCAGCGUUCGCCAAGCUGCUUUGCAGACCACGGCGCGUCUGGCCGACGAUCUGCCAGAACAUGCCACCAGAGAGCACGCUAAGCUUGUCCCGCUGCUUGUCAAGAACUUGACAGCUGCUAUGGACGCAUACAAGGGUGAAGAUGAAGGUCCCGCCGUUGACAUUAUGAAAUCAGGUACUAGCGCGAUUGACUCGGUCGUGGACGGCAUGGAUGCGGAAGUCGCGGAAGGGUAUCUGUCCAGCCUCGUGCCAAUUCUGCAGAAGCUGUUCAAACAUCGUGACCCCAAGAUCAAGGCCUUGGCUGCUGGUGCUCUCGGAUCACUGGCGUCAACAGUCAAAGAGCCUUUUCUACCUUAUCUUGCGGCCUCCAUGCAAGCCAUGCAAGAAUUCAUCACGAAGAAAGAGAAUGACGAAGAACUCGACCUUCGGGCAGCAUGCACUGAUGCCAUGGGCGAGAUGGCCGUCGCAGUUGGAGCUGCUGAUUUCAAGAACUAUGUCCAGCCGCUGAUGCAAGCAAGCGAGGAGGCUUUGAAGCUUGAUCACUCAACGCUGAAAGAGAGCACGUACAUCCUAUGGGGUUCUCUUGCCAAGGUCUACGAAGAUGAUUUCUCUCCAUUCCUGGGUGGGGUCGUCAAGGGCUUGUUCGAUUGCAUCGACCAAGAUGAAGGCGACCUCGAAGUUGAGCUUGGCCAGCAUGCUCAAGAUCUGCUCGGCAAAGAAGUCACUAUUGCUGGUCGCAAAAAGGAGAUCGCCAUCGAGGUAAUCGGCGAUGUUGUCGGCAACACUAAAACAGCAUACCUGCCUUACUUCGAGAAGACCAUCGAGAAGCUACUGCCCCUUGUUGAGCACACUUAUGAGAACGUCCGCAAGGCUGCUUUGUGCACGCUGCAUCGCGCGUACGCAGCGCUCUGGGAAGUCAGCGAAGAGGCUGAACAGAUGGAGAAGUGGCAACCUGGAUUGCCGUUGAAAGUUGAGCCCACGAGUGAGCUCAAAAAGCUGGGCGAAGUGAUCAUGGCCGCCACUCUCAAUGUCUGGCCUGAGGAGGACGAUCCUGCGACCGUAUCUGAGGUCUGUCGUAUCAUCUCAGAGAAUCUCAAGAUGACAGGCCCGAAUCUCCUGUCAUACCCCGACGUCUUGGGUAAGGUCAUUCAGACCACCUCCGCGCUCAUCAACAAGGAGCACGAAUGCCAGCAAGGACUGGAUGAUGAGGACAUGGACGCUGACAAUCUCGAAUCCACCGAGCUGGACAUUGGUCCCAGCUUCGGCGAGGUUUGGAAGGUCUUCGAGAAACGAGUUCUUCGUUACGCGUCUGGCGGAGAGAGUCUGGGCCGCUCGUCCGCCUGCGGUGUCCUAGCUGAGGUCAUCACCGGUAUGGAAGAUGGUGUCACGCCAUACACCAGCACCAUCAUGAGCGUACUUCUCAAGCGCUUGUCCGAUGAAGAUGCUCAAACCAAGUCGAACGCCGCAUACGCGGUUGGCCGCCUGGUUGAGAAGUCUAACGACAAGGCUACCAUCGACAAGGCCUAUCCUACCAUUUUGCAGAAACUCGAGAACAUGCUUGCCAUCAAGGAGGCUCGUUGCAUGGACAAUGCUGCUGGCUGCGUGGCUCGUCUCAUCAUCAAGAACAAAGCCAAAGUGCCCAUUUCUGAGGUGCUCCCUGCCAUGGUGAACAGCGGUGUUCUGCCUCUCAAGCAGGACUACCAGGAGAAUACCCCGGUGUGGCAGAUGAUAGUGGGCCUCUAUCAGCAGCAAGACCCGACCAUUCAAAGUUUGACGCCCAAAUUGGCGCCCAUCAUGGUGUCUGUGUUGGAGAGCGAAGAUCAGUUGACCGAUGAGGUCAAGGAGCAGGUUGAGGCCCUAGUCAAUCACCUCAAACGUGGACAAUAA